AAGAGAAUCCAUAUCGAACGCCCUUCUAGAAAAUAUUUUAACCGCGUGUACGCCACGUUCAUUUCAUUCCUUCAUUCUCAACAAGAUCAAUAAGCACGAUGUCGGCUCACAAGACAUUUAUUAUCAAGCGAAAGCUUGCGAAAAAGUUGAAGCAAAAUAGACCGAUUCCCCAAUGGGUGAGAAUGCGGACCGGUAAUACUAUCCGGUAUAAUGCAAAGAGGCGCCACUGGAGAAGAACUAAACUGAAGUUGUAAAUAACGCAUAUUUGCAGAUGAUAAAUAAAGAUAUCUUCUGCAUAAAGAAUAAAAUCUGUCAUUUCCUUCUGUGUAUGGCUAUACAAUAUUAAUACACAACUUCACAUUAUUG